CAAGUUCUCGCUCCUUUCCUUCGUUCUCUCAACUCUCUGCGCCAAGCACCAAAAGCAGCGUCUUCUCCCCUCUCCCCAACAAUGAUGAUGCGGGUGUUUGGUGGGCUGGUUCUGUUGGCUCUCGCCGGCGUCGCCCACUGCCAGCUCCUGGGUACUGAGGAACACAGUGAAUGUGACCCGACUGACCUGACCUGUGCGCCCCUGGAGCCUGGAGGUGAGCGCUGGGGGGUUGCUGAGUUGCAAUCCAUGAGCUCCCUAUCUGUGUCUGUCUGUCUGUCUCUGUGUGUGCAGAAAUCCGUUACAUCAAUCCCAUGUGGGUGCAGAUCGACGGCACCGGCAACUACAGUAGGCAAUCAGGAGGCGUCAUCUGUGUGCACGGGGUGAAGUCAUUGCUCGUCUGUUCCUGUGUGUUCGUCGUGCAGCUGCAGGCGCUGAGCGUGUGAUUCGGAACUGCGACGGAGACGAGGAAUGCGCUGCGGUCGAGAGUAGGUGGUGAUUCCAGGAAUGCGUGGCUUCCUGUUGAUAUGGUCACUGAUCGACUCUCUCUGUGUCUCUCUCUGUCUGCUGCAGAGAAUAUUCCCGACCCAGAAGAGCACGGGCGUCGGAUUGAUUGGUGUGGGAAAGUCUGGUGGAGGGACUGGGACAGAUCAACUUGUGGCCAAGAGGCAGCUCAGGUAAGCAAGCAACGCAGACUUAAGUGAUGGAUGCAUAUGCAAUCCAUUCAUGAGUGUUCUUCUCUGUCGUCGUCAACAGUAUUGGUGCGAAAAUUACAAAUCGAUAGAUAAAACCGCAACGAACUGGAAAAAGAACGACGGCUGCGACGGCGAAGACACGAUCCGCCUCAUGGACAUGUCCGAGUGCGACCAGACGUGGUACCGGGAGUGUGACUGCUUCGAGUAUAUUCAGUGCAAACAAACCUGAGUAUCUGCCCUGAUGGGGGGAGGAAAGCACCAACACACCUGCACGACACCAAACAGAGCACAUGGGCGUGUUGCGCGUCGACAUGAGGGCCAGCAGCUCGCUCAUUCUGGGAUAAGUCUGUUUAUUCGACUAGUAUCUUCCCUCUUUAUUCUCUUUCUCUCUCUCUCUGUGUGUGUGUGUGUGUGUGUAUGCAUGUGAUGGUUGUGUAUUUGUGUGUGCAUUGCCCGUGUGUGUCCGCAAGACGCAUUACACGUGUGUGUCUUCCGGACAUCCAAUUAGCCAUCCAGAGGCGUCUUGUCUGACUGACCUACGUAUUUUUGGCCUGACUAAUCUAUGUGUGGCUACACCAGACAGAGAGAGACAGAGCACCACCGUAGUGAGUUUUCAGUGAGAACAGAUCGGUGCCUGUCUAACUGUCCGGAAAGACAAACUACAGAGGCGUCUGAUGUGACUGACCUGCGUAUUUUUGGUCCGCCUAGUCCAUGUGUGAUACGGGACAGAGAGGGAGAGCGAGCACGGCUGCUUUGCAUGCAUGCUUCGCCAUCUGUUGCUACCCACGACUUUAUUUGUCUUUCUUUCUCUUACACACAGCGCCUGUCAUGACAUGAAUCAUGCAAUGGUUCGCCAGGGACAGUGAUGGGGCUGCCGUAAUGCGAUUUGAGGCCAUACAGAGAAUGACCGCAGAGAGUCUGAUAGUCGGCCGAGUGGUGGGCCCUCGUGUUGUGCUGUGCAGAUGGCUGUGCACACGCCGCCGUCAAGAUGGCAGGUGCAUGUGGGCGGGCUGUCUGUCAGCGUGGAGACUGAGCCGGUGCGCAAUGUGAAUGAACACGCUUCAAAUGAUGCGAACACA